UCGCAUGAGCAGCAGUGCGCUGUGAUCGCCACUUUCGCGCUCGCAAUUGCCACUGCGCUUGCUUCAAGCAGAAGUUCUGCCUCUCCCUGUCUCGCCGUUACAUGGACUCGAUAAAGCUCGGAUCUUGAGCGACCACCCUAAUCGCCAGGAAUAUCCGACGCCCUUACUUCAUGCUCAACAUCGCGACUUCUGCUGGCACAUAUCAAUUUCUCGAGCGCAGCUUUCGGUAGACUCGAUCAAAGGUCGCAGCGACUCGAUGAGCACUCUAGAGCUCCGAUGCUUGCCGCUGCUAGUCGCAUUCCUAUGGAUCGCCGAAAGUCACGCCGUUCGAGUGGCAUCCGCCAGCAACCCCCUCUACAUCGUCCGACUCCGCUCCGCGCCUCCCAUUUCCGCAUACCGCGGCGGAAUUCCCGGAUACCCAGCGACAGCCGCAUGGGGCGAUGACCCCGACGACGACGACGAAUCGUCUGACGGCCUUGUCGCCACGGCCGCCAAUGCCGCCGUCGCUGCCGCUGCAACCGCCGACGCUACCGCCGCGAGCUCUAACGGUUCCAGCGGGCCCUUCGCCACCGCCGCGUCCGCACGUGUCUCCGCCGCCGCCGCCGCCGCGGGGGCAAGCAACCAGCGUCCGCGCAUCAACAUGCGCGCGGCGCACGUGAUGGCGUUCGCGCAGCUGCUGCAGCGGCAGCAGGCGCAAGUCGCCGCCGACGCGAGCAUCGCGGCGAGCCAGGUGCUCUACAACUUCCAGCAGACCACCAACGGGUUCGCGGCGCCGCUCACCCCCGCGCAGCUGCAGAGAUUAAAGCGCCACCCAUCCGUGGCGUCGGUGCGGCGCUCCCGCGUGUUCCGCAAGCUGACGACCGCGUCGCCCACGUUCCUGGGGCUGCCCAGCACCGUGUGGCCCGCCGUGGGCGGGCGCAGCAAGGCGGGCGCGGGGACCGUGAUCGCGAUCAUCGACACGGGCGUAUGGCCGGAACACCCGUCGUUCAGCGGGGCGGGCUUUGCAACGUCGCGCCCCGCGGGGUGGGUGGGCAAGUGCCAGACGAGCGCGGACUUCCCGUCAUCGGCGUGCAGCAACAAGCUCAUCGGCGCGCGGUACUUCGCGGCGGGCUUCCAGAGCGAGAAUGGACGGCCGGAUCUGACUUAUGACUGGCUCUCCCCUCGCGACGCUGCCGGCCAUGGCACCUGGUGUGCGGGAGCAGCAGCAGGCAACUUCGGCGUGACGCUCGGCAGCGCGGGCAAGGCUAGUGGCAUGGCGCCAGCAGCGCGCCUGGCGGUUUACAAGGUGUUCUGGAUGAGCCGCGGGGACCAGUUCGCCACCGAGGCCGACAUCGUGGCCGCCACCAACCAGGCCGUGGCUGACGGGGUGGAUGUGAUCUCGCUCUCGCUGGGCGGCAGCAGCGCGGACGCCACCUACUUCGAUGAUAUCCCGUUUCUGAAUGCCAACACGGCGGGCGUGUUUGUGGCGUUUGCUGCUGGCAACUCCGGCCGGCCCAGCGGGACGAGCGGGUUCAACACGUACCGCACCAUCAGCAACUUCUCGCCCUUCUACCUCACUGUGGGAGCCAGCUCCAUUCAAAGGGGAGGCGCCUCCCUCGUCAGACGGGCAACCAGAAAAGCAGCCUCCACAACUGCUGCUGCUUCAACUGCUGCGAACAAUUCCAGGACAACGCAAUCCGCCACAGCAGCAGUCGUCCCCGCCACCACCAAGCCCACCAGCUCUGCCAAAUCAAACCCCACAGCCACACCUGUCAGACCCGCUCAAUCCGCCGCCCCCACAGUCGCCACCUUCUCGUCCUCGGGCCCGCUAGUGCGGCCGUGGACGGUGUCCCAGGGCGCGGAGGCCACCAACGCCAUCCUCAAGCCCGACAUCAUCGGCCCGGGCGUGGCGCUCUUCUCCGCAUGGGUUGGUUCCGACGUGGGCAGCAAAGGGAGUUAUGCGCAGCUGUCGGGGACGUCGAUGGCAACGCCUCACCUGGCGGGCAUUGCUGCUCUCAUCAUGCAGAAGUACCCCUCGUGGAGCCCGGCGCAGGUCAUGUCCGCCAUCAUGACCACCGCCAUCACCACUAACACCGCCGGAACCGCCAUCAAGAACGCAUAUGGAUCAGUGGCAACGCCGUGGGAGAUAGGCGCAGGCCACGUGUACGUGCCCAAGGUGCUGGACCCCGGACUCACCUAUGACGCAAGGCAAGCCCAUUACAGGAAUUUUCUCGCAGGCAUGAGCACCGCAUUGGCCCAGCAGGAGUUUCCCGGGGCUCAACUAUCACCCAUUGCUCCCCGCAACCUCAACCGAGCCACCGUCUCAGUAGCGCGCUUGAGAGGGUCGGUGAUGGUCAAACGAACUGUUACAAAUGUGGCAGGUUCGGCAUCAACUUAUACGGCUAAGAUUACAGCUCCUCCUGGGGUGUCUGUAAUUGUGAACCCUAAGAGCUUCUCGAUACAACCAGGAGCCAAGGCGACAUACAGAUUGAGACUGACAGUUACAAGAGUGUUUGACAGCUUCCAGUUUGGGAGCAUUACUUGGACGGAUGGCAAGGGGCACUCGGUAAGGUCAGUGCUUGCUGUUCAACCAUCAAGCUUGUCAUAGAGAAGGUUAUGAAUGCAACCAAGCCAGCACAAUCAUUAUUGUAUGUAUAAAGCCAGGUUCUUGUCAAACAUGUUUAGUUAUCAUGCUUGUAUAGACUGUAUAGGGUUAUCUUCUAGAGAGUACAACAUUUAGGUAUAUGUUUGUGUACUCUCUCUCUCUAUUCAUC